CCUCUUCUCAUAAUCUCCCACACUCAAAACCAAAAACAACGACUAAAUCUAAAAUCAUACCCUCAUUUAUUCAGAUCCUGAACACCAACAUCCACAACACCAACACCAACACCAACAUGAGCACGACUAAUAGCAACAACAGCAGCUGGCCCUUGACAGGUAUUACCAGGCCAGGCGACAACGAUGUGGUCUGUGGUCGCGGAGGUGCUUCCAUCCACCAUCCCGCAACAUUACCUACCGCAACAUGGUCCGAGCUCAUCAACGCAAGUACAUCGGCUUUGAUGACACUCGCCACAUGAAGACCCUUCUUUCCCACCAGCUGGUCAAGGAAUGGAGAAAGCAGAGUCCUCCUGGCCGCUUCCUCAAGAAGAACGAAGCCACUGGCCUUUGGGAAGAUGUCGGCAUCAAAGUGGCUCGCAGGAAAACCGCACAGCUCUUGCGCGAAGGCGCCAAGAAGCUUCGCGGUGAAAUGCGUGCCAAUGGCGAAAUCUCCUCUUCGGAUUCCGACGACGAUUCCUCCUGUGCUCCUCCAUCCGACCGACCUGCUGCCCAGGCUGUAAGCCCCGAACGCCCCAUGGCCUUUAUGGAAUACGCCGCUGCCAAUGGUUUGGGCUUGGAAAAUGUGGUCUCUCCUUCUCCUUCUUUGGAUAAGCCGAAUUGUUCCAUCCCUCCCUCCUGCCUUGUCGGUUCCUCUGCCGCCCAUGAAUGCUCCCCGUGACCCUUUUGAGGGCUUGAGCUGGGGUAUUGAAAUGGAACAACUAAGCCGAGACCUUCGCGCGUGUGUCCGCGAUGGACGCGACAUGCUCUAUAUGAACGGCCAACCAAAGUCCUCUCUCGAGGUGUUGGAAGUGAUUUUGGAGCCAAUUAUGCCAACUAGCCAAAUUGCAUGAGACGGCAAAGGCGAAACCAAUAUUCUUUUGGAUGUUACAUACAUAUACAAUGAUAGAAACAGUAAACACAAUAACAGUAAAACAGUGAAAACAACAAGCAAAACCAUUAGUAGUUAGCAUUAAUUAAUAGAAACAUUAGCAUACCGUACCGU